CCUGCUGCUGCUGACAUUUGUGGGGUGGUUCACCACAGCGCAAGACGCCAGCUGAAAGGUAUUAGGUCCAUCAGCAUCCCAGGCUGCUCGACAUCCCAGCAGGAGCACCGGGAGGAGGUGGAGAGGAAGAAGUGGCACUACUAGGAGGCGGAGGAGAAGGAGGAGGAGGGGGGUUCGUUCCGCUUGGACGGCCGGAGCAGUGAGGAGGCUGGGUCGGGAGGGGAGACGGACGAGGCAGCGCUCCCUCUUUCUCCUCCUCGCUUUCUUUCUUUCUUUCUUCCUUUCUCCUCCGGCCGCGUGUGCGUGCGUCCCGCUCCGCUCCGCUCCAGCACGGCUCCGGGAAAGGAGGGAGGGAGGGAGUCUUGACGCAUCGCGGUGCGUGAGCGCACCGAGGCUGCGCUACUGCACUUUUCCAGUAUGCAACCUGCGAGGCGCCACGCCGUCAGCUACUUGUGCCACUGAUACUGUGAGAGAGUGAGAAAGAGGAGCGAGGUAGAGGAGGAGAGUCGGGGAUGGAGAUUCAGAGCAGACGCGCAGACGCUCACAGCCCGUGGAUGUAGAAAUCCACAAAAGACAGGAGCGGCUCCUUUACUAUCACUACUACUACUAUUAUUAUUUAUAUAUGCGCACAAGUCACGCGGAGAGGCUAUUUUCUUUUGUCCGGGAGCGUCGCCUCGACUCACAGUGAUGUAUGUGAGCAGAAUAUUCUUUUGUGACAAAAUACGGAUUAAUCUGUGACUGCAAAUCCCUCGGAGAAAAUACCGCCGCGAGGCCAGAUUGGAGAACCAGAAAAGGUGCAAAUCGGUUUCCAUACAUUGGUGAUUGGAUGUGAGUCUACUUUGACCCUAUAAAAUUGAAGAUGACGUUGCUAUGGAAACUGCUGGUGCUGCACUCACUUAUGGGGUGCCUUGCAGGGAGCAGUGUCCUGCAGAGUCCUGUCUUCACCAAGCAGCCUGGCAGCAUCGUGUAUCCUGUGGAGACCCUGGAGAAGAACAGGGAGGUGGUUUUCAGCUGUGAAGCCCAGGGAAGUCCCCCUCCCCUCUACCGGUGGAAACUGAACGGCACAGAAAUCAGCCCCAAGUCUGGAUCGCACUACAGUCUUUCCGGAGGCAACCUCAGAAUCAGCCACCUGAACAAAGACCAAGAUGCUGGAACGUAUCAGUGCCUCGCCUCCAACUCCUUCGGGACCAUCGUCAGCCGAGAGGCCAGCCUAACCUUCGCAUACCUGGAAAACUUCAAGACUCAAAGAAGAAGCUCGGUAUCGGUUCGUGAAGGUCAAGGAGUGGUUCUGCUGUGUGGCCCUCCACCGCAUUCUGGAGAUCUGAUAUUUUCCUGGAUCUUCAAUGAGUACCCGACAUUUGUGAAGCAGGACACUCGCCGCUUCAUCUCGCAGGAGACGGGGAAUUUGUACAUCGCCAAAGUGGAGCCUUCAGACGUUGGCAACUACACUUGUGUGGUGACCAACACGGUCACGAAGACUCGUGUCCAGGGUCCCCCGACUCCACUGGUGCUCCGCAGCGAUGGUGUUAUGGGCGAAUACGAGCCAAAGAUCGAGGUCCAGUUUCCAGAGAUCGUUCAGGUCGCCAAAGGAUCCACUGUGAAGCUGGAAUGCUUCGCUCUGGGAAACCCUGCGCCUUCUAUAAGCUGGAGGCGAGUGGACGCCGUCCCCUUCCCCAGGAAGGUGGACAUGAGGAAGGCCAGCGGCGUCCUGGAAAUCCCUUAUUUCCAGCAGGAGGACGCCGGCACGUACGAGUGCGUGGCCGAGAACUCCAGGGGAAUGAACACGGUGAAGGGAAAGCUCACUUUCUACGCGCCUCCUCACCUCAUCGAGAAGCCCCAAGAUGUCCAGAAGCUCAUUGAUGACUCACUGGUGUGGGAGUGUAAAGCCACGGGGAAGCCGAAGCCUUCGUACAGGUGGAUGAAAAACGGAGAGAACCUGGAGCCUGCAGAGGAGCGCGUACAGGUUGCGAAUGGAGUGUUGUCCAUCAGCCGCCUGACCCUGACCGACACGGGAAUGUACCAGUGUGUGGCUGGGAAUAAGCACGGCGAGGUCUACUCCAACGCGGAGCUCCGAGUGAUAGCCGUUGCCCCAGAUUUUUCUCACAAUCAACUGAGGAGCCAGACGCUGGUGAAGGUAGGAGGGGAUGUGCUCAUCGAGUGCAAGCCUAAGAUGUCUCCUUGGGGUGUGAUCUCUUGGCGCAAGGGCAGCGAACCACUCCGAGAAAGUAACAGGAUCUCAAUCCUGGACAAUGGAAACCUUCGGAUAUGGAACGCGACCAAAGCCGACGCAGGCCUCUACACCUGCGUAGCGAGAAACCAGUUUGGACUGGCGAGCAGCACAGGAAGCGUCACAAUUAAAGAGGCGACCAUCAUCACCAGCCUCCCGUCCACGCUGGACGUCACGGUGGGGGAGAGCGUGGUCCUGCCCUGCCAAGUGAGCCACGACCCAUCUCUGGAGCUCAAAUUCACCUGGUUCUUCAACGAGCAGCUCAUCAACUUCGGGAGCCACGGUGGAUUCUUUGAAAAAGUCGGAGGCCAGCAUUCGGCAGGAGACAUCAUGAUUCGAAACAUCCAGCUGAGGCACGCGGGGAAGUACACGUGCGCCGUGCAAACGAAGGUGGACAGCAUUUCUAUUGCCGUUGACUUGGUUGUCAGAGGUCCCCCGGGGCCCCCCACCAGCAUCCACGUAGAAGAAAUCACUGAAACCACAGCCUCUCUGUCCUGGAGGCCCGGCCCUGAUAAUCACAGUCCAAUUACAGCGUACACCAUCCAGGCCAGGACACCAUUUUCCCUCGGGUGGCAGGCUGUCACCACAGUACCUGAGGUGGUGGGGGGCCACCGGCUGACAGCCACAGUAAUAGACCUGAGCCCUUGGGUGGAGUAUGAGUUUCGAGUCCUGGCAAGCAACACCAUCGGGACCGGCGAGCCCAGCAAGCCUUCCAAACAAGCAAGGACAAAAGGCACUUCUCCGAAGGUCACACCGGCUAAUGUGAGCGGAGGCGGUGGCAGUCGCUCCGAAUUAGUCAUCACAUGGGAGCCUGUUCCAGAAGAGCUGCAGAACGGACCCGGGUUCGGCUACGUCGUGGCUUUCCGACCCCACGGCGCCACGGGCUGGAUGCAGGCGGCCGUACCCUCGGCUGAAGCGUCCAGAUACGUGUUUAAAAACGAGAGCAUCCAGCCCUUCUCGCCUUUCCACGUGAAGGUCGGCGUCUACAACAACGAGGGGGAAGGGCCCUUUGGACCUGUUACCACUAUCUACUCUGCUGAGGAGGAGCCUGGCAGAGCGCCCACGAGGGUCCGCGCCAAGAGCCUCUCUGCAUCCGAGAUUGAAGUUGCAUGGAAAGCCCUGCCCUGGAACGCCAGCAAGAAGAGAGUGCUGGGAUACGAGCUGAGGUACUGGAGUAAAAGUGAGAGGGAAGACAUGGCCAGCGUGCAGAGGACAGUGGGAAAUCAAACGUCUACUAUUAUCAGCGGGGUGAAAGGCAGCACCACUUAUUACAUCUCGGUGAGGGCGUACAACACGGCUGGAACGGGACCUCCCAGCACCACGGUCAAUGUUACCACCAAAAAACCUCCGCCCAGUCAGCCACCGGCUAAAGUGAUGUGGAACACAUCAAACUCCAAGAUCAUAUUGAACUGGGAGCAGGUCAAAGCUCUGGAGAAUGAGUCAGAGGUCACUGGUUACAAGGUGCUGUACAAGAAGAACCGACACAGCCGCCCCAGCGUCAUGGAAACCAACACCACCUCUGUGGAGCUUGCUCUCCCCACUGAUGAGGAUUACAUUAUCCAGAUAAAGCCGUUCGGAGAGGGAGGCGAAGGCAGCAGUAGCAGGCAGAUCACCAUCCCAAGGAUACCAGGUCCAAAUGCAGUCGGCUCAGCAUCCAAGGUCUCCACUCUGUCAGCCCUCAGUACAAUAGCACUGUCUUUCACAGCACGGACAUCUUUAUGACAAACGGCUCCCAGCAGACGUUGCAUCUGAGGUGGAGGCAUCGGUCCUCCAGUGGAACGCGAAUACACCCCGCUCUGGUGUAACUAGAUUCAUUCAUUUAGAUUUUAGAGGCAGAAGGGAGAUGCUAACAAAAUAAACAAAAUAAAAUAAAAAUGUUUAAAAAAAA